UGGUAGGUGCACCUCGGUGUUCUGGAUCACCCCUCAAGAACAUCGUUCUUGCGCCUCAGCAGUUCAAGCCGGCGACCUCAUGUCGAAGCGGUCAAGCGGCACAAGGAAGAGGAUACGGAGAGGCCUGUGGUCUCCCGAGGAGGAUGUGAAGCUGAUGAACCACGUUUCCAAGUAUGGCCAUGGCUGCUGGAGUUAUGUCCCCAAGCUAGCAGGGAUCGAGAGGGGUGGAAAGAGCUGCAGGCUGAGGUGGUUAAACUAUCUCAGGCCUGGCCUCAAGAGAGGUGCAUUCUCCGUGGAAGAGGAAGACCUCAUUGUCCGUCUCCAUUCCAUCCUGGGCAACAGGUGGUCUCAGAUCGCGGCGCGGCUACCGGGUCGGACGGACAACGAAGUCAAGAACUUCUGGCACUCCUUCAUCAAGAAGAAGCUCCACCUGCGUGGCAUCGACCCGGUUACCCACAAGCCGGUCGCCGAGGGCAGCAGCACCUGCGCCGCCGUCGCCAAAACCACAGCCACAAGAACCACGGCUGCGUCCGGUGAAUCUGCGCUCAUCCUGUCAUCAGCGGGACAGUAUGAUGUAGCUCAUGUUCCUCCUCAAUCCAAGGCAAAAAGCUACAUGUACAUCCGGAGCAGCACCAGCGCGGACGGGGGAACGAGCACGAGCGCCCAUGCUUCGGUCGACGUACGCCGUUGCUGCAGCGAUGCAUCCAUGGCGCCGACGGGGCACUGCUUGGAGUUGGACACGGACGCUCUGCACUCCGUCUCCUCUGAUAUUGUGCACCCGGUGGUGCCGAGCUCCUCCUGCACGGUGUGCUCCAUAGCUGGCCCAGGCUCUGCAGGCACCGCCGCCGCCAGUGCCACCGUCGAGCAGUACAACGACGACCACGAGCUGUGGCUGGAGCCGGAGUGGACAGGCACGUGUAUGGACGCCAGCAUCGACCACUAUGGCACGGGCACGACGCUCGACGAUCUCAAGUGGUCUGACUGCAUAUUCGACGCCCGCUACCAGCUGCACAGCUAGGGCAUCAUCCAUCGCGAGCGCGGUUAACUGGGUCAGGAACUGCUUCAACUGGCACGAGCAAUUCAUUACCGCAUGCUAUACACACGGGUGCAUACGUAAGAUAGUCUUGUUUUGGUGAUUUGAUUUGUAACAAAAAUUCAUAUCUCUUGUCUGAUCCAUUGUUUGAUGGUAUGCCAUUUC